ACUCGUAAUGUGUGGCCAGUGAGCGAGAAGGUAUCCAAGGAUGAACAGCAGUACCACCACCAGCCACUAGUAGACAUGGAGGUGUACCCUGGCAGUCCUCGCAAGUUGACCAAGGAGCCAGGGGAUCUCCAGCUGUCUCUUCCACCUGACCCCGGCACCACAAGAGUCUGCGUGAUCACCAGUGUGGUGGUAGACACUCCCAGUGUAGUCGUGUGCAGCGUGGAUGUGGAGCCGUGUACCGUCCUCAACAAGUCCAUCGUCAGCUCCGAAGUUGCUAGUAAUCCUUUGCCGAUAAAGGCAGAGGAAGAGUGCCCUGCAGAGCGACAGGAAGAGGACAAGAGUGACGUGGAAGAGACUGAGACCGAGACAGACGCAGACGUAAUGGACAGGAUAUGUCACGAUUUAGACUAUCUCUUGGGGGGUGUGAAAAAUUCAAGAGACGAUGCCGCAAUUCCGAACAUUCUGAUACAACAUACCAGCUUAUAGCCCCGGUCUUAACAGUCUACCAUUGUCUGUGUACAGCUGUAUAUACAUUCUGAUACAACAUACCAGCUUAUAGCCCCGGUCUUCACAGUCUACCAUUGUCUGUGUACAGCUGUAUAUACAUUCUGAUACAACAUACC